GGUUGCCUUGCUAUCACAUAAAGGUCUCGAGUGUUCAUCUUGACCAGUCACGCCUGGUCCUACUUGAUCCGUCUACCAGGGGCAUCCCUGGUGAAGAGGAACCACUACCAUGACAUCAUAUUCACUAAACCAUCGCAUCAUCUAGGACCAGAUACAUAAAAGUCUCGAAUUCUUAUCGAAUUGCCAGAAACAAUUUUGACUCUAGUUAGAUCAUAUACCUCACAGAAUACAGUACAAAAUGUCCGUCGAAGGCGUCAGGGAUAAGAACGGAGAAACCAUUUACGAAGAUGACUUCGUCUUUACUAGAUACCGCGGAGGUUCCCAUCAAGGAAAGGUCGAGAAGAUUGUCACGGAUGAGGCCGGAGCAAGGGAAGAGGGCGUAGCAAAUCCUCCCAAGGUUAUUUAUACGGACCAACACGGACACCGGGUUGCGCAUAAUCCAAGCACGUUGGAUAAGUCAGAGUCUAGUGAUUAGCACUCGCCCCCAUAUUGACCGUCGAGUUAAUUCUCCCUGAACCGGAGUCCCACUCCGUAGUCCUAGAGAAAUGAAAGGUUUUUGUUUGGGUGCGGUAUUAUCAAUCGAGGGCUCUUGAUUCAAUAAUAGCGGGGAUUCUGCAAGCGAGUCCCCGAACGGGCAUCACGAAUGGAUGCUGCAUGUGCUGUUCACUGUCUGUUCGUAAUCAAU